AUGUUGACCGAACAAGUCUAUAAUGCUGUUAGAAGGCUAAUGUCUCCUGUUAGGUAUUUCUUGGAACAACUGCUCGGACGUAAGCCAAUGGUUGUAUUACAAGCUGAAAUCGAUACACAGAUAGAAUUCAGACGCACGUUAAAUUGGUUUCAUUUACUUGCAAUUGGUGUGGGUGCUAUGAUUGGUGCUGGUAUAUUUGUAUUAAGUGGAACGGCUGCUUCAAACAAUGCUGGCCCUUCAGUGAUAGUUUCAUUUGUUUUAACUGGUGUUAUUGCUUUUUUGUCGGCUUUAUCAUUUUCAGAAUUAGGAACAAUGAUGCCACUUUCUGGAUCCGCUUACACCUAUACUUAUGCAGAAUAUUUAGCCUGGUUUAUCGGGUGGAAUUCUGCUUUAAUAUAUCUAUUCGGAAUUUUCACAGUAGCCGCUUCUUGGAGUAAAUAUGUUGUUUUUUUCAUUGAAAUCGUAUCUGGCUAUAAUUCAACUAGAAAGAUUGUCGAACCACCAUGGGGGUGGAACCAGACCGCAAACAUAUUUUAUCCUACUGGCCAAGCUAUUAAUCUGCCUGCAAUUGCUAUCAUUACUGCUACUACCAUUAUUCUUAUUAUUGGUAUUCGUGCAACGGCUACAGUCAAUCUCGUAUUUGUUAUCAUCAAAGUUAUCAUUCUCUUAAUAUUCAUUUUUUCUUGCUGUAAAUAUGUAGAUACCAAGAAUUAUGAUCCAUUUUUUCCAUCCAAUCUAGGUUCAUUUAGUGAAUAUGGAAUCACAGGCAUGCUGCAAGCGUCUACUUCUGUUUUCUUUGCUUAUGUGGGCUUCGAUGCAGUUGCAACAGCUGCUCAAGAAGUCAAAUCACCAGAGAGAUCGCUACCGAUUGCACUUAUAGGAUCAACUAUUAUUUCACUAUUAUUAUAUGUGGGAAUAUGUACUGUAAUGGUUGGACUUGUCUUUUACGAACGAUUAAAUUCAGAUAGUCCACUUACUGUAGCAAUACAAGCUACACCCUAUGGUCUUUGGUUACAAAUUGUUAUGACUUUAGGUGGGAUUGCUAGUCUAACAACUGUAGGAAUUAUGGUGAUGCUUUCGCAGACGCGAAUAUUUUAUGCGAUGGCUCAUGAUGGUUUAUUACCACCAUUGUUUUGUAAACUUCAUUCGAGGACGAUAUCUCCUUGGAUUUCUACAUUGAUUAGCGGCAUUUUUUGUGCUGUUGUCACGGGUUUCGGACCCGUCGAUAUUUUUAGUACAACAAGCACAAUCAGUGCUCUAAUUAUGUACAUUUUUGUGCAUGUUGCAGUCAUAGUAAUGCGUUUUACACAUAAAGAUAUGCCUCGAGGAUUUGAAGUGCCCUGCGGGAGAUGGUUGCUUCCAACCAUCGGCUCUCUACUUUGUAUGCUUCUUAUGAAAGGUGUACCAGUGAUGGCAGUUUAUAUAUUUCUUGUGUGGACAGGAUUAGGCCAAAUCUUUUAUUUUUCCUAUGGUUAUUGGCAUUCGCAACGUCGCCGUUUCAGAAAAAAUCAAGAACUCAAUAGUAUGAUAGAGCUUAAGUUGAAUCCAGCAAGUAAUAUAGGCACUAUUACUUCAAGUCAAUUGGAACCGGAUUUGCCCAGUGUAACUCGUGAAGAUGAUGUUUAA